CGAUCGCAUACCACAUUUCACUUGACGUUUGCGCUUCGCAAGGGAUUUCUAGUCAUUAGCUUGACUUUUCUUGUGGGAGCUAGGGCUAGCGCAAAAAGUAAAACGAACGAACAAAUGGCGAAUGUCGAUCGUGACAACAGAGACAACAUGCUCAACGAGGAGCAGGAAUCGUCUCAAUCAAACAGCUCGACAGGAUCGGGAGCGGUCCCACAGCAGUCCACACUUUCCGGCAGUGGAUUCCAGCUCAAGUCGAGCAUACUUCGCCAGCCAGCAACAUUUGGUUCAGGAGCCGGCGCUGGAGGAGGAUUGGGUGGAUUGUUCGGUAAUUGUUCCACAUCCGGAUCGUCGGGGCACAUCGGUAGUUUCAAUUUGAAACCAAGUGUGUUGAAACCAUCUCAUCUCGGUGGCUUUGGGAGUUUGGCUGGUGACCAGAAGGAACAGGACCAGAACGAAACUAACAGCAAUAGUUUCAGCUCGAAUCCAUUCCUUAAAACUCAGAAUAGUGAGGAAGAACCGGAAACUAAAACGGACGAGGCGAAUGUGGACAAAGAGGAAAACAGUGGUGACCCACUGGCCAAGCUGAACCGGUCGUCACUGCCAAAAUCCAAUCUGUUCGCGAAUGUGAAAUCAAUUAGUGAAGACAAAGGCUUUGUGUUCGGUCAAAAUGUGCAUGAAAGGGUCACCGGUGAGAACAUCCAGGCAGAUAGCUCCGGCCCAACUGCUGGUUUAUCCUUCUCCAGUACUUUAACUAACAACAGUAAUGAUUCUUCGUCGUCAAACUCGGUUGUUGUGGCUGGAGGAAGUACAACGGGAACUGCAAUGUCCGGUAGUAAGCCGGAAGGGAACGACGAGAGCCUCGAGGAAGCUGCUCGACGAUACGAAGAGAGCAGAGGUGCCCUCAAGAGGAAGUUUGACGAAGUGGAAACUAUCACCGGCGAAGAGGAUGAACGAAAUGUGGUCGAGAUCAACUGUAAGCUUUUCGCGUUCGCCAAAAGUAAUUGGGAAGAACGUGGCCAUGGCACGUUGCGACUUAACGAUAAGGAUAGUAGAGAAUCAAGAGUUGUGUUCCGGCAGGCGGGAAAUCUCCGAGUGAUUAUUAACACGAAGGUAUGGUCUGGAAUGACUGCCGAUCAAUCGAGUCACAAAAGCCUGCGUUUCACCGCCAUGGACAACAACGGUCAGGUCAAAGUAUUUCUCGUAAUGUCUCGCCCUGAUGUGAUUGCAAAGCUGCAUAAAGAACUCACGAAGCGUAUUCUGACAGCGAAGGAAACUGCAGCGGAACAGGACGAUGAGGCCGGCAAAGAAAACAACAAUGACAAUGCCAGCAGUGUUAGAGCGAGCGAGGAAAACUGCCCCGAGUCGACUGAGAAUGCGAAAGAUGAACCGGGAAAUGGCGAACCCUGCGCUAAAAAACGUCUCAACUCGUCGACCUAGAACGCAGGACAAAGCGCAAUCGAUGGUUCGGAGUUCUGUCUGAAUUGGCCCUCCCCCGUAUUUUCAAAGUGUUUCUCGCUGGAAUUAGGAAUUUUCAAAUAAAAACGCUUCAACACAUGCCGAAAA